AAGUCAUUGCACUUUGAGCUAGUGGUACAAUACCAAACAUCGCCAAGCAACAGAGAAACUCUCAAAGACAUGGCGACUGUCAAAGUAGCCAAGCCCAUCGAGGUAGCCAAGCCAGCAGAGCCAUCAACUCUCCCUGUGGCAACAGAUAUGGCUCAGGUGUCUCUGACCGAUAAGUCUAAAACUGUUCAGAAAUCCGAAGAUUCACAAGGAGAGAAGCUGAAGGAGCAUACAGCCUCUCCUGCGCAGCCUCAAAAGUCCGAAGGUGCAGCGCACCAAAAGCCGCUGAGCGAAGACAACAAUGCGAAGCACGCAAAGCAUGAAAAGAAAGAGGAGUCCUCAGAGGACUCUUCAGAGGAUGAACACGAAGAUACCAAGAAGGUUGAGGCAAAGCACCACUUCGGUCUUUCUCAAGCCAUGGCUUCUGGCCUCGCUGGAGUAGCGGCGGGUUCCGCUUCCGCAGUCACUGGUGCGGCUACGAGUGCUGUACUGGGAGCAAUGCACAAGCCAAAGCCUCAAAAUGACCAGAGCAAGGAUGCACAGCCAAAAGAGCCUAAGGAUCACCACGAGCAAGAUAACAAGCAUGUCAAAACCGAGAACGAAGAUAACACCAAGCACACAAACAACCAUAACCAUGACCCAAAUUCCAGCCACCAUCACCAUCACCAUCAUUCAAAGCACUACGAGGGUGAUGCACAUUCAGGCGAGACGAAGAAGUCAGAGCCAAAACAUUCCACCAACAAGAAGCAUUCAGAACCCGAGCAUUCAAGCCAAUACAAGAACGUAAAGCACGAGAGGCAAGAACCACACCAUCAUCAGAGCUCCAAACAUCCUCAUCAUUAG